GACGCGUGACGACUUGCCUGCAGCCGGACGACUUCACUCCGGCCGCCCCCCGCCCGCCCCUCUUCCCGAGACACCUGGGGGACUUCCUCUCCGAUAACCCCCACGGCUCGAUGUGUCCCUCCGCCGGCCACGUGUCCUUCGGGGACUCCGUCGAGAUUCUCGAGGACCGCGCGGGAUACCCCUUCGUCGGCGCCAACUACUUCGCGGCUCACAGCGCUCGCCUCGGGUCGUCGCAGGACCGCGUCGCCGCCCUCGACUACGCGCAGAAACUCGGCGAGAACUUCACGCGGUAUCUGCAGGAGAACAGCAACUUCACGAAGGACGUCCGGGUGUUUCCCCACAGUUCCUUCUACGUGUACUACGAGCAGUACCUGACGAUGUGGGCUGACACGGGCGUCAGCCUGGGCGUGUCCGUGGCCUCCGUGUUCGGCGUCCUGCUCCUGCUGACCUUUGACCUGGCCUCCUCGAUCAUCGUGCUGGUCACCAUCGCCAUGAUCGUCGUCGACAUGAUGGGCAUGAUGUUCUGGUGGAACAUCUCGCUCAACGCCGUCUCGCUAGUCAACCUGGUCAUGACGGUGGGCGUUUCCGUAGAGUUCUGCUGCCACACCGCCUACGCCUUCGUCACGUCCCGCCAGUUCACCAAGUUGACUCGCGCCCAGGAAGCUCUGGCUACUGUGGGCUCCUCGGUCUUUUCAGGCUUCACCUUGACAACGGCGUGCGGUGUCGCUGUCCUCGCAUACGCACAGUCGCAGCUCUUCAGGAUGAUUUGCCUUCCUAUGUUCAUCGGGAUGCUGGCCAUAGGAGCAUCCCACGGACUCAUCUUCCUGCCCGUUCUCCUCUCCCUCUGUGGUCCCAAGAUGAACCGAGUGCUUGCCAAUGAAAAGCAAAAGGGGAAACACCUGGAAAGCAAGAAAGACGAACGCGGAGGGCAUGCGGCCGAGAACAACGACCUUACCGCCACAAAGGCAGAAGGAAAGGAAGGAGCCCCUAAGAACACCGGAGGAGAUGGAGAGGAAUGUGCAACAGCCUGAACAGGAGAGGAAGAAUCUAAAUCUGUAUCAAAUAUGGAGAGAUUCAUGCAAAAAAAAA